ACAUUGGACAGAUUUUAAAAAACGAUUAAAUAAAGAUACAGAAAAACGUUUAUAUCAUGGUUGUCGAGAAGAAGCAGCAAAUUUAAUUAUUGAAGAUUGUUUUAAUAGAAGUUUUGCUGGAGUUCAUGGAACAAUCUAUGGUGUCGGUGUUUAUUUUUCAUCAAAUGCAGCUUACUCUCACCAAUAUACAAACCCAAAUUCACUAGAAGAACGAUGUAUGUUUCUCGCUCGUGUUCUUAUUGGAAAAACAACAAAAGGAAACGGUUCAAUGAAAACUCGACCACUUGGAUUCGAUUCAACAACAGAUGGAAAUCAUAUUUUUGUUACUUAUCAUGAUGCACAAGCAUAUGCUGAAUAUUUAAUUACAUAUAAAUCUAAAUAA